AUGGAUACAGGCUCGCCGCUGGCGACCGUUAGAUUUGAAUUUCACGUACGCACGGGCGGCCGAUGACGUCACCACGUCACAUUAAACCCCAGGUGACGUGACCACCGGUUGCGCAACUCAUUCGAUGUUCGACAUCACCGUCGACAGGAUGGAGAGAGACCGGGGUUUUAACUUCAAGCUGCUGGUGCCGCCCAGGGUGAACGCCGGACAGGUGUCUGCUGUCCGACCUCAGGAAGCCGUUGGGAAGUGUGCCGAUAUCAUGGACACACUGCAGCAUGGUUACAGUAUGUGUUUUGACAAAGGGCCUUUCCCCAACACAAGUAUGGUUCCACUUACUAAACCAACAAGACAAGACUUACCCAAGAUGAAAGUUGUGCCACCAAUGGAGAAAGAAGAGAAUAAUUGCAAUCCUGGGCAGCUCUAUACCAAGCUGCUGGAUGAAGUUGAGAAGAUUAAGUGUUGGAAGGUCAAAGUGGACUCUGAGACUGUGCAGAAGGAAAGAAGACUCCAAGAAAACAAAAGAACAAUAGAAACUCAGCGAAAAGCCAUUCAGGAAUUACAGUUUGGAAAUGAAAGUCUCAGCAUAAAGCUGGAGGAGCGGAUCAGUGAAAAUGAGGAUUUGAGGAACAAAAACAAUGCAACCAGGAACUUGUGCAACAUACUCAAGGACACUUUGCAGCGGUCAGCUGAGAAAAGGCAUCUCUUCGAAUCUGAAAGAGAGGACACUCAUCAGCUCUUUAUGGAAAACAGUGAGAGUGUUCAGAAGCUGAUUGGAGCUUUCGAAAGCCUUCGUAUUAGGGUAGAAGCUGAUCAACAAGAAAUGCUGAAAGUGAAAGAGGGAUUUCUGCAAUUUGAUGAACUGAAAGAUAAAUAUUGUCAUGAAUAUAACCUGAAGGAGGAAGAGCUUGCAGGGCUUCAAACAAAACUUCAGAAUAAGGAAGAUAACCUACAAAAAAUCCUGCUUGACCUCCAUGAAACCCAGAAGAACUGCAACAAACUCCAAGAGGCAACAGAUCAACAGCAUGAACUUCUCAAAACCUCAAUAACUGAACGGGAAUCUCUUCUUCAAAAACUGCACACUGCUGAGCAGCAAUGUACAGAAACUCAGAAAAACCACGAAGCCAUUGCUGCAGCCCUGGAACACAGCAAAGACGAGUUUGCACAGAUCAUCCAAAGCAAGGACUCAAGCUUGCAGGAGCUCGGCAGAGUUAAAAUUCAACAAGCAGAGAAGCUGGAGCAGAUUCAGACUACCAUUAAAGAGCUACAGAACUCAUUGGCCUUAGAGAUACAAAGGGCUCGAGAACUCAAGGACCAACUCGUGGAAAACAAGCAUGAACUUGAAAGGAAGAGCGCCCUUUUAUGCGAGACCACUGAGCAGAGUGCAAAGAAAGAUGGGCAGAUCGAAAUCCUUGAAAAUGAACUGGCCAUAAAAUCGAAAUCCAUCGAGUCCAUGAAGAGAAAGUUUGACCUCACUGAAGUCAAAGUGGACCAACUCUCUGCCGAGCUCUCAAGGAAAACGGAAGAAGCCCAGCUAUUUAAGAAUGAAGCAGAGGUGGCCUUCGCUGAAAAUGAUCUACUGAAGACGGCUUUUGAAGCUGCUGAAAAAGCACAAGAGGAUUUGAAGAGGAAGUCCACUGUGACUGAGCAGAUCAAAGUCCAGGAGCUGGAGGGACGGUUGUUUACUGAAAUGAAGAAAAAUGAGGAACAGAUGGAGCAACUGAGGAAAGACAUCGCGAUGCAUAAAGUAAAGUAUGAAGAGCUAUUAUCCAACUGUAAUGAGCUUCGGUCUGAGAAGAUGGCCCUUCAGCAGCAGUUUGAGAGAGGAUCCUCUAAUGUGAAAGCUACUGAGGCAAAUAUAAAGGUGAGUGAGGAGAAGGCUGCGAAGCUCACAAGAGAAAUUCAAAGGCUCGAAGAAGAGAACCUAUGUUUACGAGAGGAAGUAAACUCCGUUCAAACCAAAGUCCAAAGGAAAUGCGAAGAAACUGAGACCUUGCAGAAGAAAACUGAAGAAAAUUGUGAAGAUCUGCAGGAGAAAAUCACAGAAAAAGAAAAACAGAUGAAAACUGUGGAAACAAAACUUUUUAAUCUCAGAAAAAAAUUUGAGAUCAAACUUAAAGCCCAGGUCGAAUACCAGAAAGAGAAUAAAAUACUCAAGAAUCAAGUAGCGAAGGAGAUUGAGAAAACUGGUCAGCUCGAAAAUGUGAUCAACAGUCUUCAGGAAGAGUCUCAGAUCCUCAAAAGACUGAACGAGGACAAUCAGAAAUUGCUCAAGGAUCUUGACUAUAAAUCGACCUUUGCAGCUGAACUUGAAAAUGAGUUGCAGAAACUCAGAUUAACAGCAGCCGAGGCCGUCAAGAACAAGGAAGAUGCAGAACUCAAAUGUCAACACAAGAUAGCGGACAUGGUCACACUGAUGGAGAAACAUAAGAGUCAGUACGACCGGAUGGUUGAAGAAAAGGAUGCAGAGCUCGAGGAGAACAAGAAGAAAGAGACGGAGGCUGUCGCCCAAAGGAAAUUCCUGGAGUUGGCUCUCUCGAAGCAUAAGACUGAAACUGAUCAGCUGAAGAAACAGCUGAAGACGGAAACAACAAAAAAGGAAAACCUACAGAGGGAACUAAAGGAUUUGAAGAUAGAAAUGUCAUCAAUGAAAAUCACUCCGCUGUCAGUCAAAAGGAACAAGCAGUCACCUGCUCCAAACCGUAAACAAGGAAGAUGCUCAGAGACUCCAAAAGAGACUGCGUCAAAGAGACAUGUGUUCAACUUCUCCAAGACCUGGAAGACUCCCCCCUGCAGCAGAGAUGAGAGAAGUGCCGCGGUUGUGAAGAACACUGAAUCUGACACUGAAUCUAUCAGAGCAUCAUAUGGAACAACACCAAAGACCAAGGACGUUCGCAGGGAAGACCUGAAAUCCCCCAGAAGUAUGACCUUCAAGGUUGGCGGAGCAUCAAAGAUCAAAUCCUACAGAAUUAGAACGCCACCUUCUGGUGAAAAGGCAGCAUGCUGGAAGAAGAGCACCAUCGAGCUUGACUCCAAGUCUGACAGCUCCGAUCAAACCGAUCUCCUGAGCUUUGCAAAUGGCUCUGUGCCCAGCACUUCUGCGCCACACUGCAAACUCAACCCCUACAAAAAGAGCCCUGCUACUCAUAAGUCACCAGGGAACUACUUGAAGUUAGCUGCAAUGAAAAGGAUGAGAGAUGCUGGUUGGACUGCGAUGACCGGCUGUGACAAGAAAAAGAAGAAGACCAACGAGAAGAUCUUUGCAUAAGUACACAAGUUACAGGUCAGAUAAACAUUAAUAACAACAAUAUUACACAGGUUUAGGAGUUCAUACUGACGCUUUAUUAAUAUGCUUUAAUAGCACUGUUCAUAUUGGAUCAAAUAAAAAGAAAUAAUAAUAUAAAUAACAGUCAAGUAAACUUAUUAACAUGCAUAGAGAUUGUUACAAUGGAUCAGUUAAAUAGUAUUGUUUAGUGUUCAUACUGAUGUUACUUGUUAUGUUACUGAUGUUCACAUGUAACCUUGUUUGUUUUGCAUAAGUUCAUAUUGUUGGUGAGGGAAAAGGUGUAGCCGUUGUGUAUAACUUUUUUUUUAUAUUUAUCUGUCCUUGUACUGACAGUGAUAUUAGUAAAAAAUCUGUUCCAAUCAA